GCCUCCCGCUCUCACUUCCUUCUUGAGCCCAGAGCCGCCGCCGCCGCCCCCAGCUCCCCCGCCGCGGGGAGGGCACCAGGUCACUACUUCCAGUGGGGUCCAGAAGAGGGAGGAGGCACUGCCUCCCCAAUAGUAGCUUUACAACACAAUGCAGAGCAUCAAGUGUGUGGUGGUGGGCGAUGGGGCAGUAGGCAAGACGUGCCUUCUCAUCUGCUAUACAACUAACGCCUUCCCCAAGGAGUACAUCCCCACUGUGUUCGACAAUUACAGCGCCCAGAGUGCGGUUGAUGGGCGCACCGUGAACCUAAACCUGUGGGACACUGCGGGCCAGGAGGAAUAUGACCGCCUCCGCACCCUUUCCUACCCUCAGACCAACGUCUUCGUCAUCUGUUUCUCCAUUGCCAGUCCACCCUCCUAUGAGAACGUGAGGCACAAAUGGCACCCAGAGGUGUGUCACCACUGCCCUGACGUGCCUAUCCUCCUGGUGGGCACCAAGAAGGACCUGAGAGCCCAGCCUGAUACCCUACGGCGCCUCAAGGAGCAGGGUCAAGCGCCCAUCACACCACAGCAGGGCCAGGCACUGGCCAAGCAGAUCCAUGCUGUGCGCUACCUCGAGUGCUCAGCACUGCAGCAAGACGGCGUCAAGGAGGUGUUUGCGGAGGCUGUCCGGGCGGUGCUCAACCCCACACCGAUAAAGCGUGGGCGGUCCUGCAUCCUCUUGUGACCCUGGCACUCAGCUUGGAGGCUAUCCCUUGUCCCCACCACCAAUUGUGCCUUGGCGCCUUGUCUGCCCCCAGCUGUGCCUUAAGGACUAAUUCUGGCACCCCUUGCCUGGGAAUUCCCUGAAUGCCUUUUACUCCUUGAGGAGGUACACAGGAAAAGGGGCUUUGGGCCCCACCCCACUCUGGUUGGGAAUACCAAGUAUUCCAUGAGUUCACCUAAGAGGCCAGCCCAGUGCUCUCCUCCAUUUCCCGCUACUGACCAGUUCAUCCAGCUUUCCACAAAGUUGUUGCUGCCUGUUGUGAUGCCUCCUCUUAAGAUAGGGGCUCUAACCUCUCUCUGCCUUAGCUCUUGGAGUAGGCUCUCCAAGAUGUUCUCUCCCUCCCCCAAGGGAGGAGCCACAGAAUCCUAAGAAGAAAUAUGUGCCCUAACCUGCCCCAUGUGCCCAGGACUUAUGCGCCUGCUGACUGACUCAGGCCCCCUGCUCCUGGGGGCCUUUCCUACCCCCAUCAGCAUCAAUAAAACCUCCUGUCUCUAGUG